CCAAAGAAGGCUAUAAUGUUGACCUCAGUCAAAAUUCUGUAUACUUCAACUUUGUUUAGUUCACUACUAUUUGGGAACCAUGGGAAAGAAAAUCUAGAAAUAAACUCAACACAGAGCAUUGCAGAAAGUUUUAAAAUAAUGGAAAAUAAAACUAUUUCUGUGGAAAAAGAAGCAAGUUUAAAUUCAGAUAAAGGAAACAGAAACACUUUCAAUCCCAAGGAAAGUAAGGUCCCUUUUUCGGAUCUAGCAGACAAAAUCUCUGAAAAUUCAGAUUCCUCUGGUAACUUGUCAACAGACAACUUUUCUGGGAGUCCAAGACCCACAUCCAUGUUUUCAACAAGCCCUUCCCUGAUUCAUAGCUUUGUUUCAAAAUUGCCAUGGAACUCAUCUAUAGCAGAUAAAAACCCUUUGCCAAUCUCAGCAAUUCCCAGUGCUACACCUGCUGUAUCUUCUGAAAAGUUCACUGUGUCUUUGGUUAAUGAUACCAUGAAAACUUCUGACAACAGUUCCACCACACUUAGCAUCCUCCCUUCACCACCAACUACCAAGUCUGCGACCCCCUUGAUAACGAAACCAACUGGAUGGCUUGCCACAAACAGCGAUAGCUUUGCUGGGUUUACGCCUUAUCAAGAAAAGACAACUCUACAGCCCACCUUAAAAUUCACCAAUAAUUCAAAACUCUUCCCAAAUACAUCAGACCCCCAAAAAGAGAAUAGAAAUACAGGAGUAGUAUUUGGGGCCAUUUUAGGUGCUAUUCUGGGUGCUUCAUUGCUUAGUCUUGUUGGCUACUUAUUGUGUGGAAAAAGGAAAACGGAUUCAUUUUCCCAUCGGCGACUUUAUGACGACAGGAACGAACCAGUUCUACGAUUAGACAAUGCACCAGAACCUUAUGAUGUGAGUUUUGGGAAUUCUAGUUACUGCAACCCAACUGUGAAUAAUUCAUCCAUGCCAGAAGGCCAAGAAAAUGCAUGUGAUGACAUUCCUAUGAACGACAUACCUCCACUUCGUACCUCAGUAUAA